AUGGCAGAUACCGCUCUUUUGGACGAAUAUGUCAAGGAAACCCGAGCUGGCGCUUCGGUGCAUGGCAAUAUGCAGAUCUUCCUUCACUUAUCGUCGCUGUCUAAUCUGGGCAAACAGAUCUCGAAAAAUGCAGUCGUCACAAAAUUCGCCUCUCUGUUGUCAGGCAGAGAAGGUAGCCCUACCAACGCGAACGAUUUCACCAUUUUUCCGGAAGCAAAGAAGGGCUUCUUCAGUUUCGUACGACUUGCUUUCUUUGUAUUGCCCGUAACCUUCGUCGUUUAUUUCAGGGCCGCUUGCAACGCCUCUGCCUGUUCUGUGGCUGCAUGA